CCAUCGUACUAUUGUAGCGGUAAUCGUUACUUCCCUAGAAUAUAUAACUGUUGCAUUGUGUAUCCUCCUAGGAGCUGCAGUGUCUCAAGACGGCUCUGAAAUGUAACUCUGAUUAAAAAAAAGAGAGAACAAAAACAAAUGUCCACUGCAGAGGAUGCUGGUUUUCAAAUGGAUUUAUGGCACUAUUUCUGCUAAAUAAAAAAUGACCUGUUUAGAAUGGCUGUAGUGUAAUGAAUGUACCUUGUGGCUGAGAGGAGAAGUGAUGCUAUUUGAGUGGUGGGACAGGAUGGAUAUUAGGUGAGUGAUGGCCUUCCAAGGAAACCCCUAAAUGGGCCGAGGCAGACGAAGAAUUCCCAGAUCCCGCGCUGUCAGUGGUAGGAACAGCCGAUCAGAAGAAUGACACCACUGGGUGAUGACUGGUUUUAGAGUUGUGACCAUAUCGGGCAGGGCAGAUCCCUGUAUAUAAUAGCUUGACCGCAACAACGGCCAAAGGUCUCCUAAGCCACCUCUUUCUUUGCCACAGUCAAAAGGUGAGCGAGCCGGUCAACAGCAGCCAUGCCGGGUGCAUACAAAGGGGAGUGCGGGGACGACGUGGACCCCAUGCCCUUCUUGACUCCCUCAGAGAAAGAGCGCAUGGACGCCACGAAUAAGCCGUAUGACACCAAGCGCUCAUGCUGGGUUAAAGAUGAGAAGGAGGCUUUCAUCGCUGGGGAGAUUCAGUCCGAAGAUGGGGACAAGGUCACCGUCAAGACAGCCAAGAAUACAACGGUGACAAUAAAGAAGGAUGAAAUACAGCAGAUGAAUCCUCCCAAAUUCUUCCAAGCCAGCGAUAUGUCCAACCUCACUUUCCUCAACGAGGCCAGCGUCAUGGAAAACCUGCGCAGCCGCUACGUGGACAUGAGGAUCUAUACCUACUCGGGCCUCUUCUGUGUCACCAUCAACCCGUAUAAAUGGCUUCCCAUUUAUGGCGCUAAAGUGGCCCAGAUGUACAAGGGGAAGAAACGCAAUGAAGUUCCUCCUCACCUCUUCUCCAUCUCCGACAAUGCCUAUCAUGACAUGAUGCUGGAGCAUGAGAACCAGUCUAUGCUGAUCACUGGAGAAUCUGGUGCCGGCAAGACCGAGAACACCAAGAAGGUUAUCCAGUAUUUUGCCAACGUUGGAGCGUCAGGAAGCAAAGCGUCUGACUCCAAGGGCUCUCUGGAGGACCAGAUCAUUCAGGCUAACCCUGUGCUGGAGGCAUUUGGUAACGCCAAGACCAUCAGAAACAACAACUCCUCACGCUUUGGAAAGUUCAUCCGCAUCCACUUUGGCCCAACAACUAAGCUGGCUGGUGCCGACAUUGAGACAUAUCUGUUGGAGAAAUCCAGAGUGAUUUCCCAGCAGGCCGCUGAGAGAGGAUAUCACAUCUUCUACCAGCUCUUGUCUGCAAGGAAGCCAGAACUCACAGAGGCUCUGCUGCUGAGUGCAGACCCCAAACAAUAUGCGUGGGUAUGCCAGGGAGUGACUGUGGUGGACAACAUGGACGAUGGCGAGGAGCUGCAGAUUACUGACGCGGCUUUUGAUGUCUUGGGCUUCACUCCUGAGGAGAAGAUGAGCAUCUAUAAGCUGACUGGAGGCAUAAUGCACUUUGGUAACAUGAAGUUCAAACAGAAGCCCAGAGAAGAACAAGCUGAUGUGGAAUCCACCGAGGUGGCGGACAAAGUUUCCCACCUCAUGGCCAUCAACUCCGGCGAGCUGCAGAAGGGCAUAACACGCCCCCGGGUCAAAGUUGGCAACGAGUUUGUGACCAAAGGUCAAAACCAGGACCAGUGUGUGUACUCCAUUGGUGCGCUGGCUAAAGCCACCUAUGACCGCAUGUUCAAGUGGAUGGUGACCCGCAUCAAUAAGACUCUGGACACCAAGAUGCAGCGCCAGUACUUCAUAGGAGUUCUGGACAUUGCUGGAUUUGAGAUCUUUGAGUACAACAGUUUUGAGCAGCUGUGCAUCAACUUCACCAAUGAGAAACUACAGCAGUUCUUCAACCACCACAUGUUCGUACUGGAGCAAGAGGAGUACAAAAAGGAGGGUAUUGACUGGGUCUUCAUUGACUUUGGCUUAGACCUGCAGGCCUGCAUUGAGCUGCUGGAGAAGCCCAUGGGAAUCUUCUCCAUCCUGGAGGAGCAGUGUGUGUUCCCAAAGGCGACGGACGUGACAUUCAAAACAGCUCUCUAUGACAACCACCUGGGCAAGUCCUCCAAUUUCCUUAAACCCAAAGGGGGGAAGAAAGGACCUGAGGCCCACUUUGAAUUAGUGCACUAUGCCGGCACAGUGGGCUACAACAUUGCUGGCUGGCUGGAGAAGAACAAAGAUCCUCUCAAUGAGACGGUGGUGGGACUCUUCCAGAAAUCCUCCAUGCCGCUGCUGGCUCUGCUCUUCAAAGAAGAGGAGUCAUCCACAGGAGUCAGGAAACAGAAGAAAGGCUCUUCUUUCCAAACCGUCUCCAACUUCUACAGAGAGCAGUUGAACAAGCUGAUGAGCACGCUGAGAAGCACCGCCCCUCACUUUGUCCGCUGCAUCGUGCCCAAUGAGUUCAAAAAGUCAGGUGUGACAGAUAACUUCCUGAUCCUGCACCAGUUAGCUUGUAACGGCGUGCUGGAGGGCAUCAGGAUCUGUCGGAAGGGAUUCCCCAAUCGGCUGCAGUACCCAGAAUUCAAGCAGAGAUACUACAUCCUCAACCCCAACGUCAUCCCUAAGGGAUUUGUUGACAACAGGAAAGCAUCCGAACUCAUCCUGACUUCUAUUGGGCUGGAUAGUAUGGAGUACCGUAUCGGCCAUAGCAAGGUGUUCUUCCGUGCAGGUGUCCUUGCAAAGCUGGAGGACAUGCGUGACGAGGGCCUGGUGAAGAUCAUGACCAUGUUCCAGGCUCGUCUCAGAGGAACUCUGAUGAGGCUGGAGUUUAAGAAGAUGGCGGACAGACGCAUUGCACUGAUGGCCAUACAACGCAACGUGAGGAAGUUCCUUCAGUUACGUUUCUGGGGCUGGUGGAAACUCUAUACCAAGGUGAAGCCUCUCCUGAUGGUCGCCCGCCAGGAGGAGAUCUACAAGGCUAAAGAGGAAGAACUGCGUGUGGCGGUGGAGAAGGUCAAAGACAUGGAGGGCAAGGUCAAAGAUCUGGAAGGGAAGAUGUUCACUCUGUCACAGGAGAAGAGCGACCUCGCCCUAGCGUUGGCUGCUGAGCAGGACACUCUAGGUGAUGCAGAGGAGCGCUGCACCCAGCUGAUGCACCAAAAAAUCCAGCUGGAGGAGUCAGUGCAGGAUAUGCGAGAGCGCCUGGAAGAAGAAGAAGGCAACGCAGCCUCUCUCCACUCCCAGAGGAGACAGCUAGAGGGAGAAAUAAAUGAGCUGAAAAGCGACCUGGAGUCACUGGAGUCUACGCUGACCAAGACCGAGAAGGAGAAACAGGGUUUGGACCUCAAGGUUCGAACCAUAACCGGAGACCUCAACCAGCGAGAUGACCACAUCGCCAAGCUUCAGAAGGAAAAGAGAGCUCUGGAAGAACUGCAACAGAGAACUCUGGAUGAUCUCCAAAUGGAAGAAGAUAAAGUCAACCAUCUCACCAAGACAAACAGCAAGCUCAGCAGCCAAGUGAAUGAGCUGGAGGACAGUUGGGAGCAGGAGAAGAGGAUCAGGGCAGAGGUAGAGAAAGCCAGGAGAAAGGCAGAGGGAGACCUGAAGAUGACGAUAGAGAACCUCAAUGAAAUGGAGAACGCCAAGGUCGACCUGGAGGAAGUGAUCAAGAAGAGAGACUUUGAGAUCAACCAUUUGAACUCAAAGCUGGAGGAUGAACAAGCCCUCAGCUCCAUGCUCAGCCGGAAGCUCAAAGAGCAGCAGGGCCGAAUUGAGGAGCUGGAGGAAGAACUGGAGGCUGAAAGAGCCAUGAGAGCCAAGGUGGAGAAACAAAGAGCAGAGCUGUCACGUGACCUGGAUGACCUCAGCGAUAGACUAGAAGAGGCGGGAGGGGCCACUGUGGCACAGAUUGAGCAGAACAGGAAGCGGGAGACGGACCUGCUGAAGCUGAGGCGAGAGCUGGAUGAAGCCGCUCUCCAGUCGGAGGCCACGGCGGCGGCGCUGAGGAAAAAGCACUCGGACGCCGUGGCGGAGCUCGGCGAGCAGCUGGAGAACCUGACCAGACUGAGGGUCAAGCUGGAGAAGGACAAGCAGAGCAUGAAGGCGGAGAUCGAAGAUCUCAACGCCACCGUGGAGGCCACUCAAAAAGCUAAGAUGAACGCUGAGGUCCACUCCCACAAGAUGGAGGACAACCUGGCUGAGGCCAACACUCGUCUGGCUGAGAUGGAGCGCACCCAGAUUGAGCUCAACGCUACUAAAAUCCACCUGACUGCGGAGAAUAACGAUCUGAGCAGGGAGUUGGAGGACGUGCAGAGCAAGAUGACCCAGGCCAGCAGGCUGAAGGCCUCGCUCAUGCUGCAGGUGGACGAGCUCAGGCGGCAGGUGGACGAGGAAAACAAGGGUCGCAACACAGCAGUGGUGGCCUUGGCAAACGCCCGCCAUGACCUCUCGCUGCUCAAAGAGCAGCUGGAGGAGGAGUCCGAGGCCCGUGGAGAGAUGCAACGCCUCGUGUCCAAACUUAAUGCCGACGUCACCACCUGGAGGAGCAAAUACGAGACAGACGCCAUUCACCGUACCGAGGAGCUGGAAGAGACCAAGCGUAAACUGGCCGUGCGUCUCCAGGAGGCGGAGGAAGCAGCGGAGGCGGCCCAAGCGAGAGCAGCCAGCUUAGACAAGGUCAAGCAAAGGCUGCAGGGAGAGGUGGAAGACCUGACCAUAGAUCUGGAGAAGUGCAGCGCAGCAGCCGCCGCUCUGGACAAGAAGCAGCGUGUGUUCGACAAGCUGGCGGCCGAGUGGAGCUGCAAGAACGAGGAGCUCCAGGUGGAGCUGGAAAGCAGUCAGAAGGAGAGCCGCUCUUACAUGACGGAGCUCUACAAGCUGAAGACAGCCUAUGAGGAGAGCCGGGAUCACAUAGAGACCAUCCGCAAGGACAACAAAACCCUCUCAGAGGAGAUCAAGGAGCUGGUAGACCAGCUCGGGGAAGGAGGCCGCAGCUUCCACGAGCUGCAGAAGGCCAAGAAGAAACUGGAAGUGGAGAGGGAAGAGCUGCAGAUGGCUCUGGAGGAGGCGGAAACUUCACUGGAGGUGGAGGAAGGCAAGCUCGUGCGUGCGCAGCUGGAGUUGGCCCAAGUCAAGGCUGACAUCGACCGCAGAAUCCACGAGAAGGAGGAGGAGUUCGAAGUGACCAGGAAGAACCACGUCCGGGCAGUGGAGUCCUUGCAGGCCAGCCUGGAAACGGAGGCCAAAGGUCGCGCCGAAGCCCUGCGGAUGAAGAAGAAGAUGGAAUGCGACCUGAACGAGAUGGAGAUCCAGCUAGAGCAUGCCAACAGGAACAACGGCGAGCUGGUCAAAACCCUGAAGAAGCUGCAGCAGCAGAUCAAAGACCUGCAGGUGCAGAUGGACGAGGAUGCUCGUCUCCAUGACGAGCUGAGGGAGAAGUACAGCCUGCAGGAGCGCCGCCUGUGUCUCAUGCAUGCAGAGAUGGAGGAGCUGAGAGGCGGCCUGGAGGCGUCCGAGAGGGCGCGCAAACUAAUAGAGCAAGAGUUGGUGGACACCACAGAGAGGUUCAACGAGGUCAACAUACAUAACCAAAGUCUGACCGUCCUGAAGAGAAAACUCGAAGCCGACCUCGCCCGACUCUCCAGUGAGAACGAGGAGCUCAUCUCAGAGUUCCGUGCGGCCGACGAGCGAGCCAAGAAGGCCGUGACCGACGCCACCAGACUGUGUGAGGAGCUUCGCCAGGAGCAGGAACGCAACUCGCACCUGGAGAAGAUCAAGAAGAACCAGGAGCAGAACCUGAGGGACCUCAUGUUGAAGCUGGAGGAAGCGGAGCAGCAGGCUCUCAAGGCUGGAAAACGCACCAUCCAGAAACUGGAAACAAGGGUCAAGGAGCUGGAGAACGAGCUGGACCAGGAGCAGAAGCGACAUGUGGAGACGGUGAAAAACCUUCGCAAGGGAGAGCGCCGACUCAAGGAGCUGAUCUUCCAGACGGAGGAGGACCACAAGACCAAUCAGCGGAUGCAGGAGCUGGUGGAGAAACUCCAGAACAAGCUCAAGAGCUACAAACGGCAGAUCGAGGAAGCUGAGGAGCAGGCCAACAGCAGCCUGUGCAGGUACAGGAAGACGGCCCACGAGCUGGACGACGCCGAGGAGCGUGCCGACAUGGCCGAGAUGGCCCUCAAUAAAAUGAGGACCAGGAAUCGGGCGUCCACCACUAAGGGCUUCACCUCGGUGGAGAUCGUCCAGGUCACCAAGCCUGCUGCUGGACGACAGGAGGAGUAGACACCUGUCUCGCAGGGUGACACACACCUUUUCAUCCAUCCACAAGAAGCUUGAGGUCCAAAGAGAUCCUUAUGUGAAGUCUUAAAUAACAAAGAAGUCUCGAACAUCACAAGAGUCUUAAGUAGUGCUCGUCAGUGUUAAUCGUCCGUCUCUUUAGUGUACACAACAUUGUAUGGACACGUGUAUCGGGACAUGUGGUAACUCCAGAUAGAAAGAUACGAAGAAGGUGUGAGAUCAAACUCCUCCAAACAUGUUUUCAUCAAUUUUGGAAGUGUUCAAAUGUCCAAAAUAUAACUUGUCCAAAUAGUGUGCAUCAUACAUGUUUGGAACCUUCGUUGCUUUAGACUACACUCUUUGUUGCGUGCUAGUUAAAAGUUAUUUUAUUGUUUCCUUGUACUGUACAUAUGAAUUAUUACUGUGACUUGUUUUGAAUGUAGUGUCUCAUCUCAGGCUUGAUCACGGAUGGAUGACAGGGUGAAGGUUGUGUUCUCACGUCAACGACAGAGAGCCCACCCGUGUGCCGCUCCUGCUACUUUUUAGUGUGUCAAAGUCGAAAUAAAGUACUUGCAACUUA